CAGAAAGUUACCCCCCGGCCCCCGACCGGACCAAUCUAUCACCACCACGCCGCCCUAGGUCGUCGCCGGCAACAAUGUCCCCUUCUGCCAUCUUCGUCUUCCUCCUCGUCUCUGCGGUGCAUAUGCUGGAGUGCAUCCUCGACCUCAAGAGGAGGAGGGGAUCCAUUUCUGAUGAUCAGCUCAGACUGCGUGUAGAGAUCACGCAACUUCUCAAGGAGGCCAGUGCUUUGUCAACGCCCUCGACGUUUGCGCAAGCCGCAAAACUGAAGCGGUUGGCUGGUGCUAAAGAGAAGGAGCUGGCAAAAAGUAAGCGUUGAAUUCCUCAGACAUUGCGUGGGUUCUUGCUGUUCUUGUUUGGGCCGAUUCGGGUUGCUGGACUCUUUCUUUUGUCCAUUUUAUAGUGCAAGAUGUGGACAUUAGAGGGAAACAGUCUUUAUAUGAAAAAUACCGAAAAGUUCUGCUGGCCGCAAAGGUGCUUCGUGAUUCGUGUAGUUUAUGCUCUCAACCGUUCGCUCUACGUACAGUUUGAGGAGUCUCAUCAAACUAAAUCCGCAUGCCAGGUUGUAGUCUAUGGUGUGCUCGUUCUGUGGUUUUGGAGUACUCCAGUAACUACUGUCCCUAAGCACCUUCUCCAGCCCUUCGGGAGGAUGUUUUCCUGGAGAGGUGUAGAUGCUUCUACAGGCCGUGUUGUGGUAAGUACUACUGAACUUUUAGCUUAAGGGCCUCCAUGUGUUUAAAUGAUCUUGCCUUUAUCCUCUGUUGAGAGUAACGCCUAUUCUGAUUGAAACUGAGAGUCACUACACAUUGGUGAUGUCUUAUAAUAACUAAAAAGUUCCAAAUGAUGGGUUUUUUUCUCAAACAUGCUGGAGAAUUGGAUGUCGAUGGGCAUUAAGAAAGAAAACAAUUAUGAUACAGUACUCCUUUAUUUUUAGGGUCUGUUUAAAACUGCUUCACCAACUCCAUCAUGGUAUAGCUUAAAACAAAAACUAGUUUUUUUGGAGUUGGCCUUUAACUUCAGUUUUCUUCAAGAGCGGAGUUUAUGAAGUUGUUUCUGUUUGACUAAAGUUGGAAGCGGAGUCGCAAAAGAUAGAACAGUCCCAAAUAGGCCUUUAAGCAUUACAUUCCACCUGUGAACAAAUUUGAUUACCAACAAAGCUCCACCUAGUAGCGACACAUUCAUUGUGAGAGUCACUGGUGAAGUUAUUUUGCAGCGUAAUGUUUCAUUGUGAUGGUGCAGGUUGGAAUUCUCCCAUGGCUAUUUCUGACCUCUCGUGUCAGCAAGCUACUGAGCGAGAAACUCGCGCCCAUAUUUCUGCAUCCUUAGCUCCUCCUAACAACUUUAGUUUUGCAUCUGUUUUUGUUCUGCAGUUUUGUGUGAUCUCUCAAUCCAUCUACAUUUAUGUGGUUUCCAAAGGGAUUGGUAUUUUUGUAAUUGUAUAAAGUAAUAACGAGUGGAAUUUACACU